AUGGCCCAUAACGCGAGCGCCGCGGCCGCCGCCGCCAGCACUAACAGCGCCAAGAGCGGCGGCUCCGAGGCGGCUCUCAAGGAGGGUGGAAGCGCCGCCGCGCUGUCCUCCUCCUCCUCCUCCUCCUCCGCGGCGGCGUCCUCUUCUUCCUCCUCGUCGGGCCCGGGCUCGGCCAUGGAGACGGGGCUGCUCCCCAACCACAAACUGAAAACCGUUGGCGAAGCCCCCGCCGCACCGCCCCACCAGCAGCACCACCACCACCACCAUGCCCACCACCACCACCACCAUGCCCACCACCUCCACCACCACCACGCACUACAGCAGCAGCUAAACCAGUUCCAGCAGCAGCAGCAGCAACAGCAGCAGCAGCAGCAACAUCCCAUUUCCAAUAACAACAGCCUGGGCGGCGCGGGCGGCGGCGCGCCUCAGCCCGGCCCCGACAUGGAGCAGCCGCAACAUGGAGGCGCCAAGGACAGUGCCGCGGGCAGCCAGGCCGACCCCCCGGGCCAGCCGCUGCUGAGCAAGCCGGGCGACGAGGACGACGCGCCGCCCAAGAUGGGGGAACCGGCGGGCGGCCGCUACGAGCACCUGGGCCUGGGCGCCCUGGGCACGCAGCAGCCGCCGGUCGCCGUGCCCGGGGGCGGCGGCGGCCCGGCGGCCGUCUCGGAGUUUAAUAAUUACUAUGGCAGCGCUGCCCCUGCUAGCGGCGGCCCCGGCGGCCGCGCUGGGCCUUGCUUUGAUCAACAUGGCGGACAACAAAGCCCCGGGAUGGGGAUGAUGCACUCCGCCUCAGCCGCCGCCGGGGCCCCCAGCAGCAUGGACCCCCUGCAGAACUCCCACGAAGGGUACCCCAACAGCCAGUACAACCAUUAUCCGGGCUACAGCCGGCCCGGCGCGGGCGGCGGCGGCGGCGGCGGAGGAGGAGGAGGCAGCGGAGGAGGAGGAGGAGGAGGAGGAGGAGCAGGAGCAGGAGCAGGAGGAGCAGGAGCGGGAGCUGUGGCGGCGGCGGCCGCGGCGGCGGCAGCAGCAGCAGCAGGAGGCGGCGGCGGCUAUGGGGGCUCGUCCUCGGGGUACGGGGUGCUGAGCUCCCCCCGGCAGCAGGGCGGCGGCAUGAUGAUGGGCCCCGGGGGCGGCGGGGCCGCGAGCCUCAGCAAGGCGGCCGCCGGCGCGGCGGCGGGGGGCUUCCAGCGCUUCGCCGGGCAGAACCAGCACCCGUCGGGGGCCACCCCGACCCUCAACCAGCUGCUCACCUCGCCCAGCCCCAUGAUGCGGAGCUACGGCGGCAGCUACCCCGACUACAGCAGCCCCAGCGCGCCGCCGCCGCCGCCGUCGCAGCCCCAGUCCCAGGCGGCGGCGGCGGGGGCGGCGGCGGGCGGCCAGCAGGCGGCCGCGGGCAUGGGCUUGGGCAAGGACAUGGGCGCCCAGUACGCCGCUGCCAGCCCGGCCUGGGCGGCCGCGCAACAAAGGAGUCACCCGGCGAUGAGCCCCGGCACCCCCGGACCGACCAUGGGCAGAUCCCAGGGCAGCCCAAUGGAUCCAAUGGUGAUGAAGAGACCUCAGUUGUAUGGGAUGGGCAGUAACCCUCAUUCUCAGCCUCAGCAGAGCAGUCCCUACCCAGGAGGUUCCUAUGGCCCCCCAGGCCCACAGCGGUACCCUCUCGGCAUCCAGGGUCGGACUCCAGGGGCCAUGGGAGGAAUGCAGUACCCACAGCAGCAGAUGCCACCUCAGUAUGGACAGCAAGGUGUGAGUGGUUACUGCCAACAGGGCCAACAGCCAUAUUACAGCCAGCAGCCACAGCCCCCGCACCUCCCGCCCCAGGCGCAGUAUCUGCCGUCCCAGUCCCAGCAGAGGUACCAGCCACAGCAGGACAUGUCUCAGGAAGGCUAUGGAACUAGGUCUCAACCUCCUCUGGCCCCCGGAAAACCAAACCAUGAAGACUUGAACUUAAUACAACAAGAAAGACCAUCAAGUUUACCAGAUCUGUCAGGCUCCAUCGACGACCUCCCCACGGGAACGGAAGCAACUUUGAGCUCAGCGGUCAGUGCAUCCGGGUCCACGAGCAGCCAAGGGGACCAGAGCAACCCAGCUCAGUCACCUUUCUCUCCACACGCAUCCCCUCAUCUCUCCAGCAUCCCAGGGGGCCCGUCGCCUUCUCCUGUUGGCUCUCCUGUAGGAAGCAACCAGUCACGAUCUGGCCCCAUUUCUCCCGCAAGUAUUCCAGGCAGUCAGAUGCCACCUCAGCCACCUGGGAGCCAGUCAGAGUCCAGCUCCCAUCCUGCCUUGAGCCAGUCACCAAUGCCACAGGAGAGAGGGUUUAUGGCAGGCACACAAAGAAACCCGCAGAUGUCUCAGUAUGGACCUCAACAGACAGGACCCUCCAUGUCGCCUCAUCCUUCUCCUGGGGGCCAGAUGCAUCCUGGAAUCAGUAGCUUUCAGCAGAGUAACUCAAGUGGGACUUACGGUCCACAGAUGAGCCAGUAUGGACCACAAGGUAACUACUCCAGACCCCCAGCGUAUAGUGGGGUGCCCAGUGCAAGCUACAGCGGCCCAGGGCCCGGUGUGGGUAUCAAUGCCAACAACCAGAUGCAUGGACAAGGGCCAAGCCAGCCAUGUGGUGCUGUGCCCCUGGGACGAAUGCCACCAGCUGGGAUGCAGAGCAGACCAUUUCCUGGAAAUAUGAGCAGCAUGACCCCCAGUUCUCCUGGCAUGUCUCAGCAGGGAGGGCCAGGAAUGGGGCCGCCAAUGCCAACUGUGAACCGUAAGGCACAGGAGGCAGCUGCAGCAGUGAUGCAGGCUGCUGCAAACUCAGCACAAAGCAGGCAAGGCAGUUUCCCUGGCAUGAACCAGAGUGGACUUAUGGCUUCCAGCUCUCCCUACAGCCAGCCCAUGAACAACAGCUCUGGCCUGAUGAACACACAGGCGCCGCCAUACAGCAUGACGCCCACCAUGGUGAACAGCUCGGCAGCAUCUAUGGGUCUUGCAGAUAUGAUGUCUCCUGGUGAAUCCAAACUGCCCCUGCCUCUCAAAGCCGAUGGCAAAGAGGAAGGCACUCCACAGCCUGAGAGCAAGUCAAAGAAGUCCAGCUCAUCCACCACCACUGGGGAGAAGAUCACAAAGGUGUAUGAGCUGGGGAACGAGCCAGAGAGAAAGCUCUGGGUCGACCGAUACCUUACCUUCAUGGAGGAGAGAGGCUCCCCUGUCUCGAGCCUGCCUGCAGUGGGCAAGAAGCCCCUGGACCUGUUCCGACUCUAUGUGUGCGUCAAAGAGAUUGGAGGUUUGGCACAGGUUAAUAAAAACAAGAAGUGGCGUGAGCUGGCAACCAACCUAAAUGUUGGCACUUCAAGUAGUGCAGCAAGCUCCCUGAAAAAGCAGUAUAUUCAGUACCUGUUUGCCUUCGAGUGCAAGAUCGAGCGAGGGGAGGAGCCCCCGCCAGAAGUCUUCAGCACCGGCGACACGAAGAAGCAGCCCAAGCUCCAGCCGCCAUCUCCUGCUAACUCAGGAUCCUUGCAAGGCCCACAGACCCCCCAGUCAACUGGCAGCAAUUCCAUGGCAGAGGUUCCAGGUGACCUGAAGCCACCUACCCCAGCCUCCACCCCUCAUGGACAGAUGACCCCAAUGCAAGGUGGAAGAAGCAGUACAAUCAGUGUGCACGACCCAUUCUCAGACGUGAGUGAUUCGUCCUUCCCAAAACGGAACUCCAUGACUCCAAAUGCCCCGUACCAGCAGGGCAUGGGCAUGCCAGAUGUGAUGGGCAGGAUGCCCUAUGAACCCAACAAGGACCCCUUUGGGGGCAUGAGAAAAGUGCCUGGAAGUAGCGAGCCCUUUAUGACGCAAGGACAGAUGCCCAACAGCAGUAUGCAGGACAUGUAUAACCAGAGUCCCUCUGGAGCAAUGUCCAACCUGGGCAUGGGGCAGCGACAGCAGUUUCCCUACGGAGCCAGUUACGAUCGAAGGCAUGAACCUUAUGGACAGCAGUAUCCAGGCCAAGGUCCUCCCUCGGGACAGCCGCCAUAUGGAGGGCACCAGCCGGGCCUGUACCCACAGCAGCCGAAUUACAAACGCCAUAUGGACGGCAUGUAUGGGCCUCCAGCCAAGCGCCAUGAGGGAGACAUGUACGGCAUGCAGUACGGCAACCAGCAGCAGGAGAUGUACAACCAGUACGGAAGCUCCUACUCGGGACCCGACAGGAGGCCUGUCCAGGCACAGUACCCCUAUCCCUACAGCAGAGAGAGGGCGCAGGCCCCGGGGCAGGUGCAGGCGCACGGGGUCCCGCCGCAGGUGAUGGGUGGCCCGAUGCAGUCGUCCUCUGGUGAAGGGCCUCAGCAGAACAUGUGGGCAGCCCGCAAUGACAUGCCUUACCCCUACCAGAACAGGCAGGGCCCAGGCGGCCCUGCGCAGGCCCCUCCUUAUCCAGGCAUGAGCCGCACGGACGAUCUGAUGGUACCUGAUCAGAGGAUAAAUCACGAGAGCCCGUGGCCUUCUCACGUCAGCCAGCGUCAGCCUUAUAUGUCGUCUUCAGCCUCCAUGCAGCCCAUCACGCGCCCGCCGCAGCCGGCCUACCAAACGCCACCGUCACUGCCAAAUCAUAUCUCCAGGGCGCCCAGCCCAGCGUCCUUCCAGCGCUCCCUGGAGAACCGCAUGUCUCCAAGCAAGUCUCCCUUCCUGCCCUCUAUGAAGAUGCAGAAGGUCAUGCCCACAGUCCCCGCAUCCCAGGUCUCUGGGCCACCCCCCCAGCCGCCCCCCAUCAGAAGGGAGAUCACCUUUCCUCCCGGCUCAGUGGAAGCCUCCCAGCCAGUCUUGAAACAAAGGCGAAAGAUUACCUCAAAAGAUAUCGUUACUCCUGAGGCGUGGCGUGUGAUGAUGUCCCUGAAAUCAGGUCUUCUGGCUGAGAGUACGUGGGCUUUGGACACUAUUAAUAUUCUUCUGUAUGAUGAUAGCACUGUUGCUACUUUCAAUCUCUCCCAGCUGUCUGGAUUUCUUGAACUCUUAGUCGAGUACUUUAGAAAAUGCCUGAUUGACAUCUUUGGAAUUCUCAUGGAAUACGAAGUGGGAGACCCCAGCCAAAAAGCACUUGACCACAACACAGCAAGGAACGAUGACAGCCAGUCUCUGGCAGAUGAUUCUGGGAAAGAGGAAGAAGAUGCUGAAUGUAUUGACGACGAGGAGGACGACGAGGAGGAUGAGGAAGAAGAUGGCGAGAAGGCAGAAGCCGAAGAUAAGAACAGUACUGCUCUGCCCGCGCCAGACACCACUGCGGACCCGCAGGAGAAGCCUAAGCAAGCCAGCAAGUUUGACAAGCUGCCAAUAAAGAUAGUCAAAAAGAACAACCUGUUUGUUGUUGACCGAUCCGACAAGCUGGGCCGUGUGCAGGAGUUCAGCAGUGGACUUCUGCACUGGCAGCUUGGUGGGGGUGACACCACGGAGCACAUCCAGACUCACUUUGAGAGCAAGAUGGAAAUUCCUCCUCGCAGGCGCCCACCUCCCCCUUUAAGCUCCACAGGCAGAAAGAAAGAGCAGGAAGGCAAAAGUGAUUCUGAAGAGCAGCAGGAGAAAAGCAUCAUAGCAACCAUCGAUGACGUCCUGUCUGCUCGGCCAGGGGCGCUGCCCGAAGAUGCAAACCCUGGGCCCCAAACCGAAAGCAGUAAGUUUCCCUUCGGUAUACAACAAGCCAAAAGUCAUCGGAACAUCAAGCUGCUGGAGGACGAGCCCAGGAGCCGAGACGAGACUCCUCUGUGCACGAUUGCGCACUGGCAGGACUCACUGGCUAAGCGCUGCAUCUGUGUGUCAAAUAUCGUCCGUAGCUUGUCCUUUGUGCCUGGCAAUGAUGCCGAAAUGUCCAAACAUCCAGGCUUGGUGCUGAUCCUGGGGAAGCUGAUUCUUCUUCACCACGAGCAUCCAGAGAGAAAACGAGCACCGCAGACCUAUGAGAAAGAGGAGGACGGGGACAAGGGGGUGGCCUGCAGCAAGGACGAGUGGUGGUGGGACUGCCUCGAGGUCUUGAGGGAUAACACGUUGGUCACGUUAGCCAACAUUUCUGGGCAGCUAGACUUGUCUGCUUACACGGAAAGCAUCUGCUUGCCAAUUUUGGAUGGCUUGCUGCACUGGAUGGUGUGCCCAUCUGCAGAGGCACAAGACCCCUUUCCAACCGUGGGACCCAACUCGGUCCUGUCGCCUCAGAGACUUGUGCUGGAGACCCUCUGUAAACUCAGUAUCCAGGACAACAAUGUGGACCUGAUCUUGGCCACUCCUCCAUUUAGUCGUCAGGAGAAAUUCUAUGCUACGUUAGUUAGGUACGUUGGGGAUCGCAAAAACCCAGUCUGUCGAGAAAUGUCCAUGGCGCUUUUAUCGAACCUUGCCCAAGGGGAUGCGCUAGCAGCAAGGGCAAUUGCUGUGCAGAAAGGAAGCAUUGGAAACUUGAUAAGCUUCCUGGAGGAUGGGGUCACGAUGGCCCAGUACCAGCAGAGCCAGCAUAACCUCAUGCACAUGCAGCCCCCGCCUCUGGAACCACCUAGCGUAGACAUGAUGUGCAGGGCGGCCAAGGCUUUGCUGGCCAUGGCCAGAGUGGACGAAAACCGCUCUGAAUUCCUUUUGCACGAGGGCCGGUUGCUGGAUAUCUCGAUAUCAGCAGUCCUGAACUCUCUGGUUGCAUCUGUCAUCUGUGACGUACUGUUUCAGAUUGGGCAGUUAUGACAUAAGUGACAAGGCAAGCAUGUGUGAGUGAAGAUAGAGGGUCGCAUAUAACUGGCUGUUUUCUGUUCUUGUUUAUCCAGCGUAGGAAGAAGGAAAAGAAAAUCUUUGCUCCUCUGCCCCAUUCACUAUUUACCAAUUGGGAAUUAAAGAAAUAAUUAAUUUGAACAGUUAUGAAAUUAAUAUUUGCUGUCUGUGUGUAUAAGUACAUCCUUUGGGGUUUUUUUAUUUCUUUUUUUUUUUUAACCAAAGUUGCUGUCUAGUGCAUUCAAAGGUCACUUUUUGUUUUUCACAGAUUUUCUUUUUACUGUUCUUUUCCAUGUUGAUUGCAUUUUUGGGGGGAAGUGAAUUGACUUUAAAGAAAAAAGUUGCAGCUAAAGAUGCUAAGAUGGGAAAAUCUCACCACACUGAGGCAAAAGGGUGAAAAAUUAUCAAUUUCCUAUGUGUUUUAUUCUUCAGAGAAUGAAAAAAAAACUGUAUCCCAUCACCCAAAGCUCUGUGCAAUAGAAAUUUCUAGAAAUAUAAGUAGGGGCUCAAGGAGGUGUGUCAGUCAGUAGUCAAAACUAUGAAAUGAUACUGGUUUCUCCACAGGAAAAUGGUUACAUUAGGCUAGGAGCAAAAACAAUGUUUUUUAAGUUAAGAUUGAAAAUACAUACCUGACAACGAUCAACGGAAAUUGCUUCCUCACCACUACCGUCAUGUCUGCUGUCCGGCGUUUGACCUUCCACAUGACAGUUCUUCACAAUUCCUUUAAUCAUUUUUUAAUAUUUUUUUUACUGCCUAUGGGCUGUGAUGUAUAUAGAAGUUGUACAUUAAACAUACCCUCAUUUUUUCUUUUCUUUUUUUUUUUUUUAGUACAAAGUUUUUAGUUUCUUUUUCAUGAUGUGGUAACUACGAAGUGAUGGUAGAUUUAAAUAAUUUUUUAUUUUUAUUUUAUAUAUUUUUUCAUUAGGGCCAUAUCUCCAAAAAAAAAGAAAGAAAAAAUACAAAAAAUAAAAACAAACAAAAAAACAAAAAAAAAAGAGGGUAAUGUACAAGUUUCUGUAUGUAUAAAGUCAUGCUCUAUUUCGGGAGAGCAGCUGAUCACAGUUUGCUUCAUGAAUCAAGGUGUGGAAAUGGUUGCAUAUGGAUUGAUUUAGAAAAUGGUUCCCAGUACAGACAAAAAAGAGAAAAUGAAAAAAAUACAACAAAAAGGAAGAAACACAACUUCAAAGAUUUUUCAGUGACGAGAAUCCACAUUUGUAUUUCAAGAUAAUGUAGUUUAAAAAAAAAAGAAAAAAACUUGAUGUAAAUUCCUCCUUUUCCUCUGGCUUAAUGAAUAUCAUUUAUUCAGUAUAAAAUCUUUAUAUGUUCCACAUGUUAAGAAUAAAUGUACAUUAAAUCUUGUUAAGCACUGUGAUGGGUGUUCUUGAAUACUGUUCUAGUUUCCUUCAAGUGGUUUCAUAGUAACCAAGUUAUUUACAAGAAAUAGGUGAAUACAGCUGUGUACUCACAUUAUAAUACCCUAUGUUUGGAAGAGACCGUUAGGGGUUACCUACUUUAGAGUGGGGAGCAUCAGUUUGAUUUUCUCAAAUUAUUUAGCUAAUUAGUCUUUUUUGAAGCAAUUAACUCUAAUAACAUUGAGGUAUGAUAAUUUUCAGUAUAUAUGGGAUGUGGCUGCCAACCCACUUGAGGUGAGAUCUCAAAAGCUUACUGGCCUGAAAAUGUAACAUUCUGCCUUUUACUAACUCCAUCUUAAUUUUAAUCAAAGUUCAAUCUAUUCCAUGUUUCUUCUGUGUGCCUCAAAGUUUUGCAUUUAGUUUACUCCACCAUGUAUAAUAUUUAUAUUGUGCAAUGUUAAAGAGAAUAUGUUAUAUUGUAUGUGGUGUACAUAGUGCAAAGUGAUUAUUUCUAUUUCAGGGCAUAUUAUUAUUCUCAUAUUCCUUCCUACCUGGUGCACAGUAGCUUUUUAAUACUAGUUACUUCUAAUUUAAACUUUUUCUUCCUGGGUCAUUGACUGUUAUUGUGUAACAAUCAAUUCUUUGAAACUGCUGCACAAUUACGCCGUUAGUGGACCCCUCCUGAUUCUGACUCUACCUCUUCUCACCCCUCCUCAGACACAGCACACUCAGAAUCCCCAGCCCUCCGCCAUCACCACUGUCCUGUUCUCAUCCCUCCCAGUAACACAUGGACGAGUUAGACAAGAACAUGUAGUUACAAUCAGUGUGAGGCGUGACUCUACUGUCACAAGGAAAGAAAUAAUUUUUUCUGCAAGCAGCCUCUCAUCUAUCAACUCCCACAUUACUUAGUCAAACAGUCUUCUUACAAAACAAUGCAGCCAAAUACAUGUUGAAUUAAAAAACCAUUUAUAAUUCCACUUUAAAUACAUCUGCUUGCUAAGAACAGAUUUUAGUGCUCCCAGCUUAAAAUACGGAAAUUUGUAAGAGGGAAUUCAAUAUUAUUCUAAUUUCUCUCUUACAGAGUAUGAAUAAAAGGUGUAUACAAUAUCUAAUUCUUUUGUCAAUCAGAAGAGUAAAAUCUUUACGAACGAUUGUUGUUAUCGUGGUUUGAGUUGUAACUGGUACCCAGAAUCUGACCAUUGAGCAACAAGUUUUUAUAUGCAGAUAUGCAACUCAGUCUCUAGAAUAAUCCAGGAAGACUAUAGCAUCCUUUCUACAUUCUCACCCCAGAAUCAAGACUUACAGAAGCCCAUGGAAGAAUUUACAGCCUGCUUGAGAUCAUCUUGCCUAUAAACUGAGUUAUUGCUUUGUCCUAAAAAUUAGUUGGUUUUUUUUUUUCUAUGAGGCUUUUCAGAAAUUUACAGGAUGCCCAUACUUUAAAUGUGUACCAAAAAAAGAUAAAAAUAAAGGUGCAAAGAAAGUUUAGUAUUUUGGAAUGGUGCUAUAAAGUUGAA